AUGUAUAAUCCAACUCAUCGAUCUGACGAAUCUCAAAGAUUUACUAUAGAUAAUAAUCUUUGUAGUCCAGGUCAUGUGCUUCCUGUAGCCAUUAAGUUUAGUUUGGACAUUGGACAAAAUAUUAUCGCCGAAAUUGGGCAUUAUCAACAAUCACCAAUCGUUAUCAAGGAGUUCAAAAACUUUCAAUUGGAUUGGAAUAUAAUUGAUAUUAAUCCUUAG